AUGCCGCGCUCCUUCCUGGUGGACUCGCUGGUGCUGAGGGAGGCGGGCGAGAAGAAGGGGGAGGGCAGCCCCCCGCCGCCACUCUUCCCCUACGCCGUGCACCCCUCGCACCCGCUGCCCGGGCUGCCGGCCGGAGCCUGCCACGCUCGCAAGGCCGGGCUGCUCUGCGUGUGCCCGCUCUGCGUUACCGCCUCCCAGCUGCACCCGCCGCCGCCCGCCAUACCCCUCAUCAAGGCCUCCUUCCCCACCUUCGGCUCCCAGUACUGCCACUCGCCCCUGGCCCGUCAGCAGCACUCCGUCUCCGCUGUCAGCGUCGGGCACGCACCAGCGCUCUACCAGGGCGCAUACCCGCUGCCCGACCCCCGGCAGUUCCACUGCAUCUCCGUGGACAGCACGUCCAGCCAGCUGCCCAGCAGCAAGCGGAUGCGCACCGCCUUCACCAGCACUCAGCUCCUGGAGCUGGAGAGGGAGUUCGCCUCCAAUAUGUACCUCUCCCGGCUGCGACGAAUCGAGAUCGCCACCUACCUGAACCUCUCCGAGAAGCAGGUGAAGAUCUGGUUCCAGAACCGAAGGGUCAAGCACAAGAAAGAAGGCAAAAGCAGCUCCCACCGGGGCGGGGGGGGCGGCCACAGCUGCAAAUGCUCGUCCCUGUCCACCACCAAGUGCUCGGAGGACGACGAGGACUUGCGCAUGUCUCCGUCCUCCUCGGGGAAGGACGACAGAGGCCUCGCAGUCACCCCCUAA